AUGUUUGGUCGCCCUCUGGAGGAUGGUGGUGUCAACCUAAGAAAUGGUCCACUUUAUUAUUUGAAAUCAAAUACAGCUAUAUGUAUCGCAGGAAUGUCACUUAUUAUUUUUUGGGUCUGGAAGACCAGCGCAGAAAAAGAAUGGAGAUAUCAUAAACCUACUAGAUGGAUCCCAUCUUCAUUGGUAAAUAAGUAA